GCAAAAUGGCGGCCUGAGCCGAGCGCGCGGGUCCCGGCUGAGAGGGGCGGGGGGCAAAGUUUUUCGGCGGGCAAAGGGCGCUUUCCAACCGGCUCGGAACCGGCCUCAAAGUUACUGGGGUUCCCCCAGGGAAGCCGGAGCGCGGGGUUGGGCCCCGGUAGGUGGAGGCGCGGAUCCGAAGCGGGGAGCCUGUUGCUUAGAUCCGGAGCCCCUCGGCGGGACCAAGGGGCGCCCGUGAUCGGGGCCGGGUCGCCAGCCGCCUCUUGGCCCCGGGCUGAUGCGGGGUCGUCCGUAGGCAGCAGCAGCAGCAGCAGGUACCGGCGGGCGGGGCAGACCUGCGUCCUCCGUCGGGAUCGCGGCUGAGUUGCAGGGAGUGGGCAAGCCGGCUAGGUCUGGGGGUGAAGCGGAGCGGUGGGCUCUCUUGGGGCUGAAAGUUUGAUAUGAGAGAGCCACGUGGGGCUGGCUUUUGCGGGACAAUAUUUGGAGCAGGAGUUGGGGGAAUUGAGAAUGGAUAUUAAUAGGUGCGGAUUUAAGAAUUGAUUUAGAUCUACUCUUGGGGCACUGAUUCUUAUCCGCACUGUGUGCACAACAGAGGGGAACUGAAACUUACGGCUGGAGGAGAAAUCGCCUGCCUGAGGGACAAAGGAUGGAAACAGUGGAGAUUAGUACAUAGUACUAAAAGGAGCUGCUGGAGCAGGGGAGAGUAUAAACUGAUCGGGAUGGAUAAUGUGGCAGUCAAAGGCUAUGUGAAUAGGCACGGAAGAGAGAAACUGGUCCCUCUCCUGCUAAUAACCCUCUUGCUCUUCUCUGGCAAGAACAUCUGAAAGGUAUAUUUGUGGCCAUCAUGUCUAACUUAUGAGCUUGCAGAGCACUGGCUAGUUACUAUAGAAUGCUAGAUUAGGCUGAUGUUGGUUUGCUUCAGCAAGGAAAUUCAUAUGAAAGAAGUUUAAUCCAUAUGGGUAAUUCCUAGAUAGCUUCAGUCAGUGCUUUUCUUCUGGGGGCACGCAGGGGUACGCAUACCCCUAAUUACGGCCUCAUUGAGGGGCAGAAUUUCAAUAUGAUUAGGAAAAUGAGAGUACCCCUAAACAUUUAUUUGGGGGGAGCACUGGCUUCAGCUGAUACUUUGCAAAUCAGGAGUGGGGAACCUCCAGCCCCUGGACCAAACUUGGUCUCACAGGAGUUCAAAUUUGGUCUGCAAGACUAUUUCCCCCAAAUCUUGUCCAAAUAAUAUUAUAUGUGCCAUCAGGUGUGGGGCAGGUAGUGAUGUGGCUGCCUGUGCACAAUUGAGAGCCUUAAAGUACGCUCCUAAUUGUGCACUGGCAAGGGAAAGCAGCCACUGGCUCUUACCACCCACCAGCGGCUCAGCAGUAGAGUUGAAAUGGAUUGACUGUAUAUGAUGGAUGACUGUAUAUGAAUCUUUGAUGUCUGACUUUGGGACUUCAAAGCACCCAGUCACCUGAUAUUGUGAUUGACAGGUGGGGAGCCCUGCCAGAUUUGGCCUGGUAGGCUUGAUCCAGGAUCUGGCCACAGAGCCCAUUCCUUCUUUAAGUAAUCACUGUAAGGAAGACUUUCUCAAAAUACCUUAUUAAAAUAGUUAUUGAGAGCUAUGAGGAAGUGACAAAGAAGAAUACACAGCAACCUUUAUUUUCAAGUCCAUUUUUUUAUCUAGAAAUUUUGUAUGCCAUAUCCAUUUUACAGUGGUGCCUCGACUUACGAAUUUAAUCCGUUCCGAAGGCACCUUCAUAGGUCAAAAAAUUCGUAAGUCAAAAAGUGCCAUUGGAAACGUGAUUUCCCAUAGGAAUACAUUGGAAACGGAAAAAUUCGUAAGUCAAAGCAACCCCAUCUAAAAAUUCAUAAGUCGAAAAAACCCUAUCUAAAACCGCCGCGGUUUCCGUUCGGCUAUCGAGAAAUUCGUAAGCGUGUGGCCAUUUGCCCCACUCGUAAGUCGAAAAAUUCGGUUGUCGAGUCGUUCGUAAGUCGAGGUUCCACUGUAUAUGAAUUUUGGCUAAUUGCCUAUUUAGUGCUCAAAGUAAACUCUGCAUGUAAACACAAUGCUAAUCAACAUGUCACAAAGUUGCACAACUAAGGGUAUACCUGUUGCCUAGCCGUAAGUGUUGUGUUUGCACUAAAGACUCCUGCCAGGCUUGGAUAUAGUUGUGUCUGAUCUUCAGGAACGCUGAACACACUUUUUCUUAGUCACUGCUAGGAGAGUAAAAGUAUGUGGAAUUUGGUCCCUCCACGUCGCAGACCCAUAGUGAACUUUAGUCAGAAUGAUACUGGAAACUGUGUUGCCUUGUGGAAAGGAGGUUAUAAGACUAUUCUAGCUUGAUCUCAUGCCUCCUUCAUCCUAGUCAUACUGAUGUCUUUGACCCAUUAUGCACCGAAGACCUGCUUAUAAUUCAGGAUUGCCUCUUCGGCUGUCUCUGGUUGGAACAGCUGCUGAUUGAUUCAGAAGCUAAUAAAGGAGGAACUCUGGAGCCGUUUCCCAGAUGCUGUUGGAUGUGGUGCGGAUACCGCAGACUCAGAGCCGGGAGGACAAACAUGUUUGGACAGGACAUCACUUUGGGUUGUUGGUUGAGUGCCUUCUUCAUGAGGCUUCAAAUCUGAAUCCAGGCUGGUGACCUAUUGUGCAAGUCAAGCGAGGGGACAAUGACGAGCACGGCACCUUCCAAGAAGCCUUACCGCAAGGCUCCUCCGCAGCACCGCGAGAUCCGGCACGAUCUGCCCAUCCUGCGCGACGACCAAGAUGGUGUGAUUUUGGCGGAGCAGAGUCAGGAGCCCUUGACGGAUGCAGAAAGGAUGAGGUUGUUGCAGCAUGAGAAUGAGGAGCUGCGUCGGCGUCUGGCUUAUGUCACCAACAAAAUGGAGGCAAUGGAAAGGGAGUUGGAGUCUGGGCAAGACUAUCUGGAGAUGGAGCUGGGCCAGAAUCGUGAGGAGCUAGAAAAAUUCAAGGACAAGUUCCGUAGGUUGCAGAACAGUUACACAGCCUCGCAGAGAACCAAUCAGGAUUUGGAGGAGAAGCUGCACACCCUGAUUAAAAAAGCUGAAAUGGAUCGCAAGACUCUUGAUUGGGAGAUUGUGGAGCUCACUAAUAAACUAUUGGAUGCCAAAACAACCAUCAAUAAACUGGAAGAGCUUAAUGAGCAAUAUCGGCAGGACUGUAACCUGGCAGUGCAGCUCCUGAAGUGCAACAAGUCUCACUUUCGGAAUCACAAGUUUGCUGAUCUUCCCUAUGAGCUGCAAGACAUGGUCAACAAGCACCUGCAUAGCACUCAGGAGACCUCCGGCCCCGGCCAGGAGGCCCCUCACACCUUGGCUCCAUCCGAUGUGGUGCCCACCUCGGUGAUCGCCAGAGUCCUGGAGAAGCCAGAGUCCCUGGUGCUCAACUCGGCCAAAUCCAGCAGCGGCAGUUGCUCCAUCGCCGAGGACGUCUUUGUGCAUGUCGACAUGAGCGGAGCUCCGUCUGACGCUUGCCCAAGCCCAGGCCAGCCCGGGAGCGAGGGGGCGGAGGGAGCGCGGCAGCAAAACGGGGGUUGCAAACCUCCAAGCGGCUUGGAGGGCCUCCCUGGCGAGGUGCCGACAUUUGAGAAGCUGAGCCCGUACCCCACCCCGCCCCCGCCCCACCCCAUGUACCCAGGGCGCAAGGUGAUCGAGUUCUCGGAAGACAAGGUGCGGAUCCCAAAGAACAGCCCCCUGCCCAACUGCACCUAUGCCACACGCCAAGCCAUCUCCUUGAGCCUGGUCCAGGGGGAGGAUGAGAACGGCGACAGGCAGCGCACCCUUCCCAGCAGCCCCGCCUCCGAGGGCCAGCGCUCAGCUUCCAGCUGCUCUUACCAGCCAUCCCCCAAGGUGAGCCGAGCUCAUGGCUCCUCGCAGAGCAGCCCAUUCAGCAGCCCCCCACAGGUGCCCAGCACCUUUGCCAGCUCGGCCAGCUCCGAAGAGGACCUGCUGGCUAACUGGCAGCGGAUGUUUGUGGAGAAGGCUCCCCCGACCACGGAGCGGGUGCUGGUGAACCGCACCUCCUUCAGCCGCGACACGGCCCAGGAGCUCCAGAAACGUUUCAGCCGCUCCAUGCAGGAGCUAGGCCGGGCCGCCUCCACCUACUCAGACGGCGAGGAGUCAGUGCAGAGCUGCAGCUGGACAGUGAGCAGGGACUCCAGCACGGACACCGACAGCACCGAGUCCCGCGCUCGCCGGGGCCACUUCUCCUCCGACUACGGCACGGACUUCUCCCAGGACGAAGCCCACAAGCUGCUGCAAGGGGGUGGCGGAGAGGGGGCGGCAGAGCCCGCCAGCUCUUCCCCAGAGAAGCACAAAGACUAUGUGGACCUUGACUCGUCUGGGAGCCCGGCCGAAGAGCAGGAAACACUGCUGCAGGGAAGCCAGGAAAACAGCCAAGAGGGCAACUCCGAGCAGAGCAGGGAGUGCAAGAGCAAGCCUCCUCCGGGCCGCCCCCACCGCAGCCCCAAGAGGAUGGGGGUUCACCACCUCCAUCGGAAAGACAGCCUGACGCAGGCCCAGGAGCAAGGCAACUUGCUCAACUGAGGGUAGGAAGGAAGCUGCACAGGUGCAACAUUGCAUCCAGCUCCCAAGGGCUGUUACUCUAGUCCUGAGGUUCAAAGGAGGACCGUCAUGGGACUCCUUCCCAGGAAUUCCAGGCCAUUUUUAUAUAUUUAUUGUCUUUUUUAAUGCACACUAAGAACGGAGGCAGCUCUCCAGCUACAGCACCAGGGCAAAACAUUCGGGUUCCCACCAGCACAGGUGCUUUGUGUCCACAGCUCAGUUUGCACUCAUGCCCUUCCUUCCACAGCUCAGUUCUGCCUUCACACUCCGAUUCCUUCCUGCUAACAUCCCAUCCCAUUGUGGGUUCUGAGUUACGCCCCUGAAGCAGCUCAAGCCUCUAUUCCUACGUGCCAAGAAGUAGGAACACGCUGUCCCUAUUUUCCUCGUGUGAAUCUUCCCCCAAGGGCGAUGGCUUCCGUUAGGUGGGCGUCCCCAGAUGUGUGAGCUUCGCUGCUUUCUUUUCCUGAAUUCUGCUACGUGGAUGUGCGCCGGUGUGAAUAGGUGGGACGAUGCUCAGAGGCCACCUCCGCAGUUCCCUUGCUUCCUGAACCCAGCAUGGUUACUUGUUAGGAGGAGUGCCACUCGGGAGCCUGCCAGAAUGGCCCUUGGAGCUUCCCUGCUCCAGCCAGCCAGCAAAAUGGAGGCUGGACCAUUUGCCAUAAUGGGCUCGGCUGCAUGUGACUGUCGUGUCGGCUCUUUCUUGGGUGGUCUGUGUCUCAUUUGGAUGACGUGAAGCUAUGUGUUCUUUUACUUGCUUUCUUAUAGGUCUUUGUCUUUUGAAAUGUGCUUACCUCUUCCUUUUGUGAACGAGCAAAGAAUGUGCAGGGAUGGGGUGGGGGGAUUGGUCAGAGAGCAUCUGCUCUGCAAGAAGUGGCUCAUCUCUUCCUCACUAUUGCCCUAUGGCCACCACCUGCUGAGGAGUUGCUAAAGCCUAAGCAAUGCGGCCAUCUUGCCUCUGUAGGACCCAUCCUCUUUGCCCCUUGGAGAUGGUGGGUGAGGUUGAGCAUCCUAUCGGGGCUGUGAUCCAAAUCGACACUAGUGCCUUCCCAAGGCCUUAGGCAAGGUCUGAUAUUCCCCCUCCCCUUCUUGCUUUGUUUUUUUUGUAUGUAUUCAGUGUUGUAUUUUCCCCCCUCUCCCUUUGCAGUAUGUUUCUGUGUUUUGCGUAUAUCUGUGCACGCACCUGGGGAGGAAAAGGUUGCCAGUGUUAGGAAUUUUUCACUGAAUGAUCACGUUCCAUGGACGUCGUUUCCUAGCCUGCCCUUGGUGCAACCAGUGCAAUGUUCAAGAAAACAGUGAGAAGACUAGGCUGCUGAGCUUGGUUGCAUUGCCAGCUGCUUAUGUCCGGAUGGAGUCUGUGUGAUCUUCUUCUGGAGAGUACCCUAAAGCCUUUCUUCUUAGCACAGGGAGUCUUCUCCCUUGCAAACACCAGCAAAGCAGCUGCAAGCUGCCCAGAAAACCCACUCAUAGCCCUGCAGGACCAAGAACUUCCCCCGAAACCUUCCAGUAUCCAUUGGAUGGCUGCCAUGGCCUAUCUUGUGUCGAUCUGCUUGCCUUUUGUGCUGUCCCCUGCUGCCUCUCUUCAGAUCUAACCAGGGUCUGCUGUGUGUUGAUUGUGGAGCAGUCUGGCCAUAGCUAACUUUUUGAUGUGGCCUUCUUCAUUGGCCACUUCUCUUGCUGAUAAGCUGCUGGCGGUUGCAUCCCAGCAUUGGGGUGUGACUCAGUAUUUUCAGUUUAGCUAUGCUAAUAAAUUGGUGCUAAAUAUGGACACCCUUCAUUUUGCCUAUGCGGCACUUAACCCGUAAUGAUCUGACUUCUACAGCUGGCAGCUGCUUGCUUUGCUCAGCCACUCUCCUCCUUCAGCCCUUGAUUUCUUGGAAUUUCCUUUGCUCUUCAAAAGGUAGAAUCCAAGUUGCCACAUGUUCCUGCUCCAGCACUGCAGUGUUCUUUUUUUUGCUGCAAAGGAUGCUUUGGGGUUUCCUGGUGACCUCUUGUUUGUGGUCAGUAUUGGACAGAUAUGGUGCUGGGUGAAGCCUAUCCCAUAGAAUCUGGGCCCUUCUCAUGAGCUUGGCUAAAAUGGAACUGAUUUCAGCACAUCCCACUGAGACAAUUUUUUUUAGUCUGGAGCCCAGGCCUCCUUUCUGUGGCUGGGCUGCACAACUGCACAUAAGGCAAUCUGAAACUGUCACAAUUGCAGCCACCAAACGGGCAAUUCCAAGCAGUUACUACGAUGUUGGUUGAGACCAAUCUCCAUUUCCUUUAAUUCUAUUGUACUAAAGGUUGGGAGGAGGGGAGGGAAAGGAGAUCAUUCUGGAGUACAACCAAACCGUGCCAUUUAUUUCACAUGGGUCUGGGUGGCAGCGAAACCUGCAGGAGAAUUGAGGAUCAGGUCUGUGUUAGUCCUGCUGCUGCAGCCGUCCUCCCAGAGCUCCUUUUGUGCAGUCCUGCAUCUCAGCCCUUUGUAUCCUCCUCCUCUCUGGCAGUAUUAUGAAUUCUCUCUCGGGGAGCUUGAGUUGCCUUCUUUGGCUGCCCCACGUUUUACAAUGUCCCAACUCAAGACUGUUAAUCUGCGACUAAUGUGUUUUUUUCUGAGAUUUUCAAACUGAUGAUGUAUAUUUUAAAGCCAGAAAUAAACUAUUUUAAAAGUACGUCUGAAGCUGACUGUUGUGCUGCUAGGAGCUGAAAGGGGGAGCACAAGAAACCACAGCAACUGAAAGGUUUUUAGGGUGUUCGGUUUUUUGACCUGCGGCUCUGCAUGGCUGCAAGCAAAGGGACUUCCUCUUCAUUCUUUUAAUUCGGGGUUGGUGAGCCUGUGGUCCUCUGGACAUCCUAUUACAAAAAUUCCCAUCAUCCCUUACUAUUGGCCAUGUUUCCUGGGGUUAACGAGAAUUGGAAUUUCAGCAACAUGUGGAGAAGGCCCCAGGUUCCUGAUCCUUGCUUUAAUUUGAGAUGCAUGGGAUUGAGUCUCGGACCCUUCUGCAGGCACAAUGUGUGCUGUGUCCAUGAUCUACAGCCCUCUUUGGAAAGGUUCACACAGACUUGAUCGGUCUUCUCAAUGGGUCACGUGCAACUGGUUAUGCUAGGGGAAGCCAGCACAUGGACUCCUGCUAGCUGUGAGUAUCCUCCCCCACUUGCAAUACUCUAACCCACCCCCAAGUCUUUUUGUGCAGGUUUAGGGGAUACACAAGGGCAGGAGAGGGUGGGCUUGCCUUCCCAAGGAAAAACAUGGCACUGAUGGAGCCUUAGUGCUAUGUUGAAUAUAAGCCAUUGUCAUGACUGUGUUUACAUUGCCAAUUUACUUCUGGAUCUUUUAGCAACUAUGCUACUAAUGUAGGGUUUGUAUUUGGACCUCUGUAGGAUAGAAAUAUAGGGACACGGGUGGCGCUGUGGGUUAAACCACAGAGCCUAGGGUUUGCCGAUCAGAAGGUCGGCGGUUCGAAUCCCCGCGAUGGGGUGAGCUCCCGUUGUUCAGUCCCUGCUCCUGCCAACCUAGCAGUUCAAAAGCACAUCAAAGUGCAAGUAGAUAGGUAAACUGUGUUUCCGUGUGCUGCUCUGGUUCGGCAGAAGUGGGUUUGUCAUGCUGGCCACAUGACCUGGAAGCUGUACCCCGGCUCCCUCGGCCAAUAACUCGAGAUGAGCGCCGCAACCCCAGAGUCGGUCAUGACUGGACCUAAUGGUCAGAGGUCCCUUUACCUUUAGGACAAAAAGCAACCUCUUCCUAUAUGACGAGGCACCUGCCUCUAUAAAAUGGAAGUAGAUUGUCCACUUUCAUGACAUCAUGUCUUUAUUCCCUCUCCCCCUGUUUAUGUAGCUGUCCCAUAAAUCACGCGGACUGUGGCGGCCACAAUAUCCUAAUUAGAAGCUGCAUGGCACUGCUGCCUCCUGGUGGUUCUCUUGGCUUUUGUGAUUGAAUCCGAGAAAAUAAUUUAUGGGUUUUGUUUGUUUGGGGCUAGGAGAAUCGUCCAAAGCAAAACAGAGUUCUGCUGUCCCUAGAGUCCUGCAUGGAAACAACAGCCACUGAACGCUUAGGAGGAAGAGGAAUGGGUACCAUUGUAACAAACACAUUUCCACAAACUGCCUUGCAUGGCUGAGGCCUUACGUCGCGAAUGGAGAACUUGUGGCCCUCCAGAUGUUAUUAGACUGCAGCUACCAUUAGCCCCUGCCAGUAUGGCCAGUGGUUGGAGGUGGUGAGAGCUGUAGCAGUCAACAAUUGCUGGAGGGCCACAAUUCCCACAGGAGGUAUUUAUUUUUGCCCCAUUUUGCAGCCCUUGUUCGUACUAUUCCACAACAGUUUCCCUGCACUGAAGUGGCUGUUUACACAAAAGAAGCAAGGUCAGUAGUUGUCCGCAUUAUAGCACUUUGGGGUUUGCUUGAAGUUGGGUUUGUGUGCUUAGAAGUGCGCAUAUCUUCAAAUGUAAAAAUGGAGCAGACGCUGAACAGCAGAGCAGAGCCAGUGCUCACUGCCUUAGAUCUUACUUGUCACUGGAUUGCAGAGCGGUAUAAACGUCACAACCAGCCCAAUUUAGUCCUCUGAUCUUAACAUCAGUAUUUAAGCUGGGGGGAACCAGGAUGCAGUCCCAUCAGACUACCAGAGCCUCUGCUUCUGCCUGCCUCUUCCCCCUAGACCUCUGUGUUCUCUGCUGAUGCAGGAAGGAAAGCAUCAAAUUGCAGGCAGUGGGGGAACUAAU